AUGGCAUCCGAAUUACCGUCAGGCGUCUUGAGCAACUUGGCCAGCUCAGUCAAGAACAUUGUCACUGGCCAGCCUGAGGAGACCGAAGUCGAUGCAUCCAAGGCACCAGCUGCCAAGAAAGUGCACCAGACCGUGGAAUCUCACCAUGAUGGCACAACUGUUCAGAAGGAGAAGGCGGCAGCUGUCGUCCACGAGGACGUGAAGGCCCAUGAACAUGAGAAGGUUGAUACCGUAGUCGACAAAGACGUACACCAGGAUCACUACCGCACCACCAUCCAGCCCAUUCAGGACAAGAAUGUCCUCGCUACGAAGCACGAAUACAGAGAGAAUGAGGCCGAGCGGGACAUCGACCAUCGAGACAACAAGGCGAAGGAGCAGGCCAAGCGAGAGGCUGCCAAGUUCCACAACGAGAAGAUUGUUGAGGAUACCACACAUUCUAAAGAGCGCGCGCCUACUAAGAAGGAAGAGCACAUCCACCACCACAUUCACGAGACUGUCCAACCUGUAAUUGAGAGAGAAACACUCCAAGACAAGAUCAUCCACACUACGAACCAUAUUCACGAGACCGAGCAUCUUAAUGACAAGCACCACGAGGCUAAGGUUGCCCCAGCUAUCUCUAUGGCCGACUUCGAGAAGGGUUUAGGGUCUCAAAGCGGAGCUAGUGUAUCCAGCACGGUGGACUCGAAGCAGGGCAAGCCUCAGACUCGAUCAGCUACGUCCACCAAGAAUGGUCAAUCUGGAAUUGCUGUGGAUUCCAAGAAGAGAGACACGACGUCGGAGGCCAUGGAUAUUGAUGCGGCAACGAAAGUUGGUAAGCUGGAUGCCACGGAAGCUAGCAACCCUCUGAGACAAUGA